AUGGAUCCGAGGGGACUCGGCGAGCGUUUGGCCAUGUCGGGCCUGCAUCGCCGCGAGCCGCGGCGCCUGCACGACGACGCGGCAGAGAAGCUCGGCGCCCAUGCAGGCGCGGGUGCGUACCUGAUUCUGAAGAGCUCCACGUCUUCACUCUUCCGCCGCGAGGAAGGGCCCGCUGCGCGCGAGUGCACCCGACGCCCUGGCGGUCGAGCCCGCGAAGGCGCCGAAAAGGGGACUGCGGCGGAGCCGCCGCACGCGGCAGAAGAUGCGUGCCAGACGCCCGACGUGUGGGACGGACACGCGCCUCAAGCGCCAGACACGGAAGAAGACCGAUAUGACGCUGCGUUGGGCGAGCAGGGCGACGCAGAAGGCCGCGGACGCGGCGACGCUGCCGAGACUGCGCAGGCGGCGCUUGCGUUCGCCUCCAGUCUCGCAGAGACGCUGCGGCGGCAGCUGGAGGGUCAGCGCACGCAUGACAGCCGGCAGGGACCGACGCGACUUCGAGACACGCCGCGGCGGUCUCCGUGGGGGGGCGAGGGCGACGCGACGGAUCCUGAACCCGAGUCAGGCACUCGCUGCGGAGAGGCAGAGUCACACCGACGUCCCUCGCCUGUCUCUGCGCCGUUGGGGACUUUCGACGACCCCCAGGGCAGCAAGGAGACCGCUGAGAUUGCGGAAGGAGGAAAGGCCUCCGGGUUCGGCACGGCGGCGGAGGAGGAGCUGAGUCAAGUGCAGAGCGUCGACUGUCGCUGCAGGCGCGAGUGGAGAGGAUGGAGCAGGUCACGAGGCAACCUGCGAAUCUGCUGCAGCAGAUUCCCCUACAUUGCUCUCCCGCAAGUCGACCGGCACACCAUCGCGUCACUCUUUCGACUUCAGCUCUUCCCCUACCAGCUCGCAGGUGUUCACUGGCUGUCUCUCCUGUGCGGCUCGACGAGCAAGGCGCUCUCAGACACACUCGGCGGUUUUGUCCUCGCAGAUGAAGCGGGAAUGGGUUCGUCGGUGCAGACCGCAAUGCUUCUCUCGCUGGCGUACCAGAUGGGGGCGUUUGAGCUGCCGUCUCUGUUAAUCGUGUCUUCCUGCGAGGCCAAGCGCCAGCUGCUUGACGUCCCCCGCGCCGCCGCCCCUCUGGGAAGGGCCUCCUCCCACCCGCAGGGCGACGCGUAUCCUUUCGCGUCCGCUCCUCUGGCUGGCGGCAGCGGCGUGACGGGCUCGCCGCCUCUCGCGCUCGCGCCUCGCGUACGGCGCUGGCUUAGGGUCUUCAAGCGCUGGGCUCCCGCGCUCUCCGUGAGGCUUCUCCUCCAUCACUUUGUCGCAGCUUCGUCGCUCUGCGGCCGCGACGAGCUUCUCGGAUCCGAGCCUGCGCCCGCGGACAGCCUGCAGGAUGCGGAUGAGUCUCUUCCGACCGCAGGCGAGGAGGCGCUCCUCCCAGGCCCCCAGGACCUUCUCACAAAGACAGCGACUGAAGAGCACGCCGCGAGGGGUGCUGCAGGACGCGACGAGAGCGCUGCAGGACGCGACGAGAGCGCUGCAGGACGCGACGAGAGCGCUGCAGGACGCGACGAGAGCGCUGCAGGACGCGACGAGGCGGACCUCGGGGGAGGCAGCGGCGCGCGUCGGAUGGACGGCGCCGAGGCGGAAGGCGAGGGCGCCGCAGGAGAAUCGAGCGAGACGCGAGAGGGAGGUCGUGAGACCGGCGAAGGCCGGCGAGGCGAGGGCGCGGUGAGCGCUCGGAAGACGCCUCACGUCUUGGUGAUCACGCAGGACGAGCUGCUGCAGUAUCCUAGUCUUCUCGCAAAUGCAUUCCGCGAGUUUGGCGGGCUACGUCUCUGCAUUUUUGACCUUCGCGACGCGCCGUUCCCUCCCGCCGCCGGGGGGCUCCCGCCGUCUUCCCUUGAUGAUCUGCGCGAAUCAGGCGUGAGGCGUGCAUCGCCGCCUCCUUCAGGGCCAGUUGAGGAGAAACCGCUGGCGAGCGCGGCCGCCGCUUCGGCGGCGGCCGUGCCGGUCUGCUCGCGCCCGUGCCGCGAGCGCGGGGACUCGGUCUUCUGCGAGGAAGGCAGUCUUCUCUACGCGGCCGCAGGCCUCGUUGACUCGGUCUGCCGCGAGGCGACUGGGCUGGCGAGACGCCGCGAAGGCCCGCCGGCAGCGGCCUGCGAGGGGAACCGGACGACGUGUGACGAGGAGCGAGGAGACGCGAGCGGAAACCAAGAGGCGACCGCGGACGGAGACCGGAUUGCGAAAAAGCAACGCCAGAACGAACAGAAGCCCUGCCGAGCAGAGACCGGCCUGCCGCAGAAGCUCCUCCUCACGAACACGGACCCGUCUUCCUGUCCUGCGGCUCUUCGUCGCCUCCUUCCGCUUCUUCUGCCGAGUUUUUUCGCCUCCACCGGCGAGGUCGACAGCGUGUUCAGCGCGCAUCUCCGCGCUUUGGAGGCUUCAAGCGCCUCGCAGGCGACAGGGAAGAAGCGCGCAAAGCUUUCGCUCGCGUUCUUGGCGUUCGCGAGGCAGUGCGUCUAUCCUCUCGUGCUGCGGCGCCUGCGGGCGGCGUGCAUGCUGCCGCUGCUGCCGCCUUUGAACGGCGAAGUGCAUCUGCUUUCCUUCUCAGCCUGUCCGCAGGCCGCCGUGUACGUACAAGCGAACCAGAAGGCCUCGCGGGCGCUCUGUGACGCGGUUCUUGCGUCGUGUCGCGAGCAAGAGGAGGAAGACGAGGCGUCCGCCGAAGAGGACUCUGAAGCGCCUUCCGCCAAGUCGCGAAAGCGACGCCACGCGGAGGCGCCGCGCGCGGAGACCGUGGAGGCGAACAGGGAGCCUGGAGGCGAGGAGGGGUGGUGGGGCGCCCGGAAAGAGAGAGGCCCUGAAGGACAGCAAAACGCGAUGGCGCAAGUCGCGCAGGUUGCUCAGGAGAUGGUGCAGCAUCUCCUCCUCGUCGCAGUGCAUCCCAUGCUCGCCGGCAGGCCUGUCUUUUCGCCGAGCAACGCAGCGGGGGAGUUAGCAAGCGAACUUGAGAGAGAAGACCCAGAGACCGGCGCGAACUGCGCCCAGGAAGAAAAGCGGCUGCGGGAGCGAGUGGCGCUCGCGCUCUCGGAGACCGUCAAGCUUCCGCUGGGCAAUUCUGCGCCUCUCGCGGGGGUGCGCGACCUGUGCAAGGCGGCCCGUGGAGCGCCGUCGAAUCUCUCGCUCGAGGAGCAGGCCCCCGACCUCCCGAGGCCUCCGUGCGCCUGCGCGUGCGCCUGCACUCAGGCUCGUGAGGGGGGGCGGCGGAAGAUCGAAGACAUCUUGGCCAGGCACUUCAGUCCGUGGGAGGUCCGGAGACUAGGCGGAGCGCUCGGCGUCUGCCGGUGGCGGCUGAGCCCAGAGGAGGCCUGUCAAGGCGUGAAAAUCAAGUGGUUGCGCGACUUCUUGGCGACUCUCGGCGACGGUCUUCUGCCGGAGAGCAAAGGGAAUCGGGAGAAAAUCGGGGCGAACGUCGCACACGAGGUAGCUGCCAGCGAUCAAAGAAACGGCGAGUGCGACGCCGGCGCGAGCAAGCCCCAGGAGGAGGGAGGCUGCGCCGCGGGAGGCGCAGCGAGCGACGGAGACGUAUGUGCAGCGCCAGCCGGUUCAAAUGACGCCCGCUGCGAGAGCGAGUCCAUUGCCUCCGCGGUGAAGUGCGGAGAAGAGGGAAGCCGAAAGAAGAGACUGCGGAAAGUUGUGAUUCUGAACCCGCUGUGUGGGGACGACGCGCCGACGUCUAGGCAGUCAAGGACGGGGGCGACAGGCCCGGAGCGCGCCGCCGACGAGCUCAAGCGCCUCGCGCUGCAUGCGAGUUCAGCCGGGCGAAGAGACAAAGGCCAGGGAGGCGCCGAAGCCGCCCUGACCGCCGCAAGAACCACGUCGUCGCUGGCGUCUUUCUUGCAAGCCGCUCUUGGGAAGAUGAUUUUUGUGAUUCCUUACGGGAGUUCGAAGCAGGCGGCCGCGCAGGUCUUCCACGAUUUUCUCCGAGAGGAUCCCGCGGACGUGCCGGCGUUGCUCGUCGAGGAUCUGGCUGUACUCUUUCAGCUGCGCCCGCACAGUCUCGCGCUUGUCUCCGACCUCGUCUGGCUGGCGACGCCGGCGUCGCCGCUUCCUCGCCCGCUCCGCGACAGCAGAGUCUCCGCGUGCGGAGCGACCCAGUCGAGAGGAGCCGAGCGAGAUGAGGAAGCCGUGUGGUGGGGAGAGGAGAAGAAGGAGAAAGGCGACAUCGUCCGGUGUGUGCGGCGAGACGUCUACGCCAGCGCAGACGCGCAGACCGGCGGCGAGGAGGAAGAAGAUGGAUGCUUCAUUGUUCGAGAAGACAUUCGCCAGGUGGAGAACUGCUUUCGAUGCGUGGGCCACGCGACUGAGCGCCUCUCGGUCUACUACCUGUGCUGCGAAGGCAGCAUUGACGAGGUCUGCUUCCGCUCGACGUGCGCGGCAGAGGACCUGCUGCGCCUUAGCUAG